AUGGCCUCGGCUCUUGUUGAAAAUGCUACCAACUGCGAAAAAAAGAUUGUUCGACCAGUCGCAAAUUUCUCUCCCAGCUUAUGGGGCGAACAAUUCAUUAAUUUCGCUUUUGAUUCCGAGUUAGCAGAAAAAUAUGCGAAGGAGAUUGAAGGGUUAAAGGAUGAAGUGAGAAGCAUGCUGAAAGCUCCCGGAAAAGACAUGAUAGAGACGAUGAAUUUGAUCGAAACACUUGAGCGCUUGGGCGUAUCUUAUCACCUUGAAGAUGACAUUGAAGAACUACUAGAACGUUUUUUUAAUCUCAACUCAAAUUAUGCAGAUGAAGCCUAUGACUUGUACACUGUUGCACUUCAUUUUCGUUUAUACAGACAACAUGGCUAUCGUCUAUCUUGCCGUGUGUUUGACAAAUUCGUAGACGAGAAUGGAAAAUUCAAAGAGACUAUUAAGAGUGAUGCAAGGGGCUUGCUGAGCCUAUACGAGGCUGCAUAUUUAAGAGUUCAUGGAGAAGAUAUACUGGAAGAUGCUCUUGCUUUCUCAACAGAUAACCUCAAAUCCAUGACACCAAAUUUAACCUCACCCCUUGGGAAACAAAUAGCUCAUGCCCUUGUGCAAUGCAUCCAUUUUGGCAAUCCGAGAAUUGAGGCUCAUAAUUUUAUUUCCAUCUACCAAGAAGAUGAAUCCAAGAAUGAAGUGCUGCUGAGGUUUGCUAAAUUAGACUAUAAUUCAUUGCAAAUGCUGCAUAAACAGGAGCUCUAUGAGGUCUCAAGGUGGUGGAAGGAAUUGGACCUUGUGUCUAUACUUCCGUAUGCUAGAGACAGAGCGGUAGAAUGUUUUUUCUGGGCUAUGGGAGUAUAUCAUGAACCUCAAUAUUCGGUUGCUCGAAUCAUGCUCACAAAAACCAUAGCAAUGACGUCAAUAAUAGAUGAUACAUAUGAUGCUUAUGGUACAGUCGAAGAACUAGAAGUUUUUACGGAGGCAAUUCAAAGGUGGGAUAUUAGCGAAAUUGACCGGCUACCGGAGUAUAUAAAACCGUUUUACAAUGCUCUUCUCAAUCUUUAUGAGCAAUUUGAUGAAGAAUUAUCAAAAGAAGGAAGGUCUUAUGCAAUCUAUUAUGCAAAAGAAGCAUUGAAAGAACUUGUGAGGACUUACUAUGUGGAAGCCAAGUGGUUCAUUGAAGGAUACUUACCGCCAUUUUCUGAGUACAUGAGCAAUGCCUUGAUCACGUGCACUUACGUUUAUCAUACAACAACAUCCUUGCUGGGGAUGAAAUCUGUCACCAAGGAACAAUUUGAAUGGCUAAGUAAUAAGCCAAAAAUGCUUGUUUCUAGCCUCAUAAUAUGUCGACUCAUCGAUGACAUUGCUACCUAUGAGGUUGAGAAAGAAAGGGGACAAAUUGCUACGGGCAUCGAAUCAUAUAUGAAGGAGAACGUCUCGCCACUGUCGUUUGAAGCCGCUGUGAACGACAGAGUUCACAACGUUGUGCAAGGAGUCAUCACGCAGCUACCUACUAGAGUGAUAGAGAGAUCGCGCACGACUGUGAUCUCAGAAAUUGAUUCCUUGUUCUAUGAGCCCGUGGACAAGAGAUCUAUAAGUUUGGGAAGAUGGUCGAAAUUUUCGUCAGCCCUAAUAGUGAAGCAAGCAGCGACGCUGCCGCAGCAGCGACAAAUCCAAGUGCUGCUUCUUCGUUCAUCAACGAAGCCAGGUUGCCGGUGGGUAGUGGAGCGCAUCGACCACUGCAUUGUCGUUGCUGCAGAUCCACGGCUAGUAGAAAUGGAGAGAGAGAGGCGUCAGGUGGAUAAAAGUGCGAAAGAUGAUGACUUGAAGAAGGCUUAUAGAAAGCUUGCUAUGAAAUGGCACCCCGAUAAGAAUCCCAAUAAUAAGAAGGAAGCGGAAGCCAAGUUUAAGCAGAUUUCUGAGGCCUAUGAUGUGCUAAGCGAUCCUCAGAAAAGAGCAAUAUAUGAUCAGUAUGGUGAAGAGGGGCUGAAGGGGCAGGUGCCACCGCCAGACGCUGGUGGCGCUGGAGGUCCCACCUUCUUCUCCACAGGAGGUGGACCGACAUCUUUCCGAUUCAAUACCAGAAAUGCUGAUGAUAUAUUUAAUGAGUUUUUCGGAUUUUCAAGCCCCUUUGGAGGAAUGGGAGGUGGUGGUAGUGGAAUGAGGAGUUCUAGGUUUGGUGGCAUGUUUGAUGAUAAUAUGUUUGCAUCUUAUGGCGAAGGAGGUGGUGGUGGAUAUCAAUCAGCACUGCGAAAAGGAGCUCCAAUUGAGCAGAAGUUGCCUUGUACACUUGAAGAGCUCUAUAAGGGAACUACAAAGAAGAUGAAAAUUUCAAGAGAAAUCCUGGAUGCUAGUGGGAAAACAACCCCUGUAGAGGAAAUCUUGACCAUUAAUAUCAAGCCUGGCUGGAAGAAAGGUACUAAGAUCACUUUCCAGGAGAAAGGGAAUGAGCAUCCAAAUCAAAUACCUUCAGAUCUCGUCUUCAUUGUUGACGAGAAACCCCAUAGAACUUUCACUCGUGAUGGGAAUGACUUGGUUUUUACGCAAAAAAUAUCUCUGAUGGAAGCAUUAACUGGUUGCACAGUACAAGUCACUACAUUAGAUGGCAGGAAUCUAACAAUUCCCAUCAACAAUGUGAUCCAUACAAAUUAUGAGGAGGUUGUCCCAAGAGAAGGCAUGCCAAUUUCAAAAGACCCAACUAAGAAAGUUCAUCCUUUUGGCGUGCUUGAAUUUAUGGGUUGA